AUGCUUAGUUAUGACGUAUGGGCAAACAUCUUUCUCGAGCCUAUAACUCUAAGUUUAAAUAAGAGUGAAUGUGUUUUUAAAGACGAGAAAAAUUUUAGGAAUAUAAUUCAUCGUGGAAUGGAUCGAAUUAGGCGUUCGUUUCGUGAAUCAUUUCGUUGGAAAACAACAAGGGAUCAACUUGGACGAGAUUUGCCUCGAGAACAGUCGCCAGCAAAUAGUGCGCAGCCUAGUGGUUCUGGUGCACCUGGUAUGAAUGCAGAUGAUAAAGCAGAAUUAUGGCAACCUGAUGAAGCAGCAGUUCGCAGUGGUACUUGCAGUUUUAAUGUCAAGUACCUUGGAUGUAUAGAAGUUUUUGAAUCACGUGGAAUGCAAGUUUGCGAAGGAGCCUUGAAGUUACUGCGCAAUCAAAGGCGAAAACCAGUCAAGUCUAUUUUGUACGUAUCUGGUGAUGGAUUACGGGUAGUUGAUCAAGAAAAUAAUCGAGGUCUCAUUGUUGACCAAACUAUUGAAAAAGUAAGAGUAUUGGUUUCAUUUUGUGCACCUGAUAGGAAUCAUGAGAAAGGUUUUGCAUAUAUAUGUCGUGAUGGUACUUCUAGGAGAUGGAUGUGCCAUGGAUUUCUUGCUAUUAAAGAGACGGGCGAACGGCUCAGUCAUGCUGUAGGCUGCGCAUUUGCAGUUUGUUUGGAAAGAAAAAAAAAGCGUGACGCUGAAGCUAUUUCUGCAGUACAUGCUGCUGCUGGUUUACAACCCAUCGAUACAGCAUUGCGCAAUAGGCAGAAUAUUUUUGAGGGGCAGAAAAAAUUUAGUGGUGCAAAUUCAACAUAUCUUACUAAAGGUCAAAAUUCAGCUUAUGGAUCAUUUCGGCGGCAACUAUCCAUCACUGAACGACUUCAAGAUCCUCAGUCUGCGAUAGUUCAAGAACCACCUUCAAGGGUUGCAGAGCAUAAUGAUCUUAGAAUAAGUGCCAAACCACGGCCACUGGCCAAUCCGUUACUGUUUGAGAGACAUGGUUCACUGAGAGCACCUGAUUCUUCUACCGCAGCAGCUACUGCAUUUAGACGACAGUUUUCCUUGCGAUCUUAUUCAGAUUCUCCUUCCAAAUCAUAUCGAACGGCUUGUUGUUUUAAUCAAAGUGACGCGAUUGCUGAAGGAGAAGAGGAAACUUCGUCACAAAAUUUAGGCGAUAUGUCAAAUAAAGUUGAGUCCUUGACACUGAUUUCAAAGAUAAACGAUGAAAGCUUAGAUAAUAUAGCAAAUGAAAAAUAUUCUGGUCGCUCUAAAGCCGAUGAAUGGCUCGAACAGACCUUUAGAUCUUCGUUGUCAGUGAAUUCCCCUUUAAAAAAUUUUGCGGAAACACCUAGGACUGAUUUCUGCAGAGCUGGACCACCACCAAGCCAACCGCCACCACCUCUUCCACCUGCAUAUGUUCUUGCCACUUCUAGGCCUCAACGUCAAGAACUUCUUCCUGUUGUUGAAUCAGUUAAAUUUAGUUCGGAUUAUUCAAAAUAUGAAUUGCCACCUAUUACGGAAGCGUUCAGUUCUGUUACUGAGGUAAAUGUGCAGUCACCAGCUGUGCAAGCAAUGGAUGUUUUUGGUCAACCAAUAUUCAAUCCAGUGAGUCAGUUCUCAUCCGCAAACUCAUGUAAUUCAAGAAUGUUUAACGGAAAAAACUGCACGAUAAGCGGUUGCAGUAGUAGUGGUUCAACACUAGAAAAUUCAUUUUCAAACUGUAGUCAUGUGAAUAUUGAAACUUCUUGUAUCAAGCAGACAGGUUCAGUAUCAAGUUCCAACCAAGAGGGCUACGAUCCAUUUAACGUUAAGUGGUCACAGAUGGCAAUCGCCAGUUCAAUUUCGUUCAAUCAGACUUCAGUCAAGUCAACGAACCCAUUCCACUGCGAACUGAAUACGCUGAAAACAUGA